AAAGAACGCGCCUUCUUCCCGUGUUGCUCCGCCGCCCCCUGCGGCCGCUUGAUUCCGUUGUUUGCGGGGCCGCGGGCUGAGCUUUGCUGUUCUGCGUUCGUGGUUUUGCGUUCUUUUAAAAUCUUUAUGUUAGGCAACGUCCCGUCCUGUAGAACGUUAGAGGAAAAAACAGUAACUUGAUAAUCUUCACCGCUUAUUUUGUGUGAUUUUCCUUCCCUAUGGAUAUUAUGCAAAGCGUAGAUUAGAGCGGCAGUUCCACCUCUCUACGUGCGUCGGUUUUGUGCUUGUUAAUGCCCUGCUGGCCUGGCUAUGAGCCGUGGCAAACCUGGGGGGUGAGGAGGUCCUGGCCAUCGAGUGUCGCUUAUAAAAUGCAUAAGUGCUAGAGGGUUCCAGAAAUACCGUAGCUGUAAACCGAGUGGGAGGCUUCAAGCGAUGAAUUGGUGGUGUCUCUUCUCCUAGUGUUGCUAGGAGGGACGGCUGGGCCUUACUAUGGAUGGAAAAAGACUUCAGGACAACUGGUAAAUUCAGCACAUGUUUAGUGGCUGUAAGGAUAUUCUGAACUCAAGCAGAAAGUGUUUGCAGUGAAGGGUGUUCCAGGAGCCGCAGCAGCACAACUUGAAAACUGUUUGAAGGAGAAUUCAAGUCUUUCAAACCUCAUUGGAUUAUAUCUUAUUAUUAUUUAUAAUUACGAGGAUUGCUGGAGAUUUGGCUGUUACCAACAUUUAAUUUGACGUUCAGGUAGAGAUCAUCAGUGCCAACAACAUGGAGGAUGUUGACAGCUUGCAGUUUCGUCAGCUGCUCCUGCUCAUCGAUGAAAAUUUGGGGGCUGAAGAUGUAGCAGCAUUAAAAUUUCUCUGUACUGACUUGAUCCCCUUCAGAAAACUAGAAAGCGUGCAGUCAGCAAUGGACAUUUUUCAGCUUCUUAUAGAUGAAGAUUAUCUGAAUGAGAAAGAUACUUUCCUGCUAGCUGAAUUGUUAUACAGAAUUAAAUAUCACUCCUUGCUCAGUUCCCUUGGCUAUACCAAGGAGAAAGUGCAAGAAUGUCUGUGUGAGAAGGGAAAAGUGUCUCCGUAUAGGCAGAUGCUGUAUGAAUUGUCAGAGAACAUUACCAAUGAGAUGUUGCAGGAAAUUGUAUUCCUCCUGAGAAACCAUCUUCCAAAGCGACACAGAAUUACUUCUGCUUUGGAGUUGCUGAUUUUAUUGGAAAAACAGGGUCUUUUAUCUGAAAACAAUGUGCAGACACUGGAGGAAGUCUUUAGAAAUGUUUCACCUGAUCUCCUGGAAACAAUAAACUGCUACAGAAUGGCAAAUGUGUCUCUGUCUCAACAAGAGAAUGCUCUUCCAGUCGAGGAAUCUUCACCAUCUUACGCUGUAGGCAUCAGAAUAUUCAAUUCCCCUCAGGAGACCUCAAAUCAAAUCAAAUUUGUCAGUUCCAGUGUCCAUGAUCAUCAUAUUGAAGAACCUGGGAGCCCGUGGGAACAUACUGGAAAUGUGAACUCUGUACCUGGCAGGCAAGAUAACAGAGUGCCUAAUCUUACACAAGUCUUCUCUAAAACGAACCUGCAGCUGUCUGGAGGAUUCAGCGGUGUAGAAAAUGAAUCCAAGGUGUCAACUUACAAAAUGGAUGGGCCACAGAGAGGAAUUUGUCUCGUUAUUAAUAAUGUUAAAUUUGAUGGGGUUCUUCAAGAGAGAAAGGGUUCUUAUAAAGAUGCCUGGGAAUUGGAGAGAGUAUUCAAAUGGCUUGGUCUGGAUGUGAGGACUUACACAGAUCAGACAUCUGAUCAGAUUAAAGAACUGAUGCAAGCAUGGCAGCGUUCAGAAGACCACAAGGAUAGGGACUGUUUUGUUUGUUGCAUUCUAUCUCAUGGAGAGUCAGGAGCAGUGUAUGGGAAAGAUGGGAAGCUUGUAUCAAUCCGCACUAUCAUGACCUACUUCACUGCCAAACAAUGUCCACAGUUGACUGAAAAACCCAAACUGUUCUUUAUCCAAGCAUGCCAAGGUAAAGAGAUACAGCGCCCUGUCUAUAUUGAAACUGAUGCACGAGUUCCUGACUUCUCUUCUGUACAACAGAGCAUUUCUCCUUCUGAAAGUAUUCCUGAAGAGGCUGAUUUCCUCCUAGGCAUGGCCACAAUUGACGGAUAUGCUUCUUUCCGACAUGUUCAGCAGGGUACUUGGUAUAUUCAGGCCUUGUGCAGCAAGCUACAGUUGUUGGUACCAAGGGGUGAAGAUAUUUUGUCCAUCCUCACAGAAGUUAAUGAAGAUGUUAGCAAGCGUGUUGACCAUAGUGGGAUAAGGAAGCAGAUGCCCCAGCCAGCAUAUACCUUAAGAAGAAGACUUAUAUUCCCAAUACCUAGAGACCCUCCUCCUUCACAGUGACAUUGAGACUUUUUUAAUACAUCCUUUUGUCAGUAUGUCUCCUUAAAUGCAAUUAACAGCACCUGUUUUAAGGCAGUUACUGACUCCUGAGGAACUAUUAGUGUCAAGGCCUUUUUUUUUUUUUUUUUUUUUUUUUUCUUUUCCCUUUUUUCCUUGCCAGAGAAACUUUGAAGCUGAGUUGGAAGAGGUACAGUUAACACAAUCAGUGUGCCAGCUAUUUACAUCAUCUAUCUAUUCAGAGUUUUCAAGGAUGGGAGAAGCAAGUUUCUAUGAUGUUAAACUGUGUACUGACACAGACUGCAGAUGUAAAAGUGUGUUUCAGUCAGCAUAAGGAUUGCAUAUGUAGCUUUCUAUAUAUUCCUUUAUAUCUAAACUAGGAUGUUAACAGUCUGGUUUAGACUCAUCAAAUUUUGUUUUGCAUACUAAUAAUGUUUAAACCUACCUCUAAAACCAUAAACUGUGUUCACAGAGAAAGGCAAAGUUAGGAAUGAAGAAGAGAAAGUUUAAGUAGUAGGUUGAGGAGAAUUAAAUUAGGAAUGAAAGAAAAUUACUUAAAACAAGUGAUUUUUCAAUAGUUAUGUUUGCUGUACACACUGAUACCCUCUAAUAGCUAACAUCAACCUCGCCUACAAGGAGAUGUUUCCAAGACUGAGCAUAGACAAAAUGCUACAGUAUUCCCUCUGUGAAACUUUGUUAACCCUCAUUUCCACAUGACUUCUUGUAAGAAAAGUUAGUGUGGAAUAGCUGAGCACUACAAAAUGAUGAUAUUUAGCAUUGUAUCUGCAUACGUUGAUCAGACUGAUUAACUAGAAGCAUUAAAUUUCAUGAUUUCUUACUUUAAGAAAUAAAACGCAUUCAUAUGGGAUGGCUUUAUUAAGCUUCUAACAGAGUAUGUUUUAGAGUUAAUCAAAAUAAUGUGAUGUUAUUUUGUUAGGGACAUUUACUAUGUGUAUCUGCGUCCUUCCUGUUUGUUACUGAAUUUAAUUUAUACUUCUUUUUAAGAACUUGGGGUUGGGGAGGGGGAAGAAAGUAAUAAUAAAAACUUUGUAUAGGGCUAAAGCUUAUCAUUGCUUCUGCUUGCUUAUCUGUAGAAUAGCAUGGAAUGGAAUAAUUCAGAUGAAAGAGGCCUUCGCAGAUCAUCUUGUCCAACUGCCUGACUGCUUCAUGGCAAAUCUAAAGAUAAAUCAUGUAAUUGAGGGCAUUAUCCAAAUGCCUCUUAGACACUGACAGGCAUGGGGCAUCUCUAGGAAACCCCUUCCAGUGCUUGACCGCCCUCAUUGUAAAGAAGUUUUUCCUAAUAUUCGGUUUGAACCUACUCUGGCACAGAUUUCUGCCAUUCCCUUGUCUUACAUCCCUGUUGGGCCUCAUCAAUCAAUGGGAUUUCUACUGCUUCAGGACUUAAGCUGAAGUGAAGCUUAGUUUAUUUCAACAAAACAGUGAUUGUUAUCUAUAAUUACUAGCUGUAAAAUAGCUCAAGACUUGAGGUGUAAAAGUGAGAGAGCAUGGACUGGUGCACAUGGAACCAAUUUUUGCUUGCAGUAUACAUGAUGUUUGGGAGGAGAGAUUUGCAUCAUUCAAAGCAUUAAAAUGCAGCGAAUCUGCCAGAACAUAUUUGUUACUUUUUGUUAUUAUGAAUUGACCUUCGUUCUAAGUCAAUUCAUGACUGUAUUCUAAGUCUUCUGAAUUAGUGUAGUUGCUACGCUUGAAGUUUCAUUUAUGUCACAGUAGAAAAUAUUUUCUCUGCUAGUAGAAUAUAUAAUGUUAUAAUAGAAUCAUCAAGUAUCUGGCUCAAAAUUAGUGUCCAGAUUUGAUGCACUCCUCUUUCGUAUGUUUAAAUAACAGUUGAAUUUUAUCAGUACAAGGACUGACAAGAAUCUUAGAAUCGUAAGAGUGAUUUGGGUUGGAAGAGUGUGGGAAUACAAGAAAAACUGUUUGGAGCAGCAGCUGUGGAGCAAGAUAAACAGCAUGAGAAUCAAGGACACCUAGAAGAAUGUCUCACAGCUCUGAUUGGAUAAGCACGUGCAUGAGCAGUUGAAGAGUGUUUGUAGAAUGCUCUGUUGACCUGUAAAGGUGGAUGGGAAAGCUAGAAAAAGGAAACUUCUGGAGGUACGCGAGUGAUGUGAAAACUUGUAAUAAACUAUUUGAGUUGUUCUCA